AUGACUAACAGGAUUUCUCCUGUUGGUGAUAGAAUUAUCUCUUCUAAUCAGACCGCUUUUAUCAAGGGCAGAUACAUUCUUGAGAGUGUGGUCUCUGCCCAUGAAAUCAUCCAUUAUGCCCACCAGUCAAAGAACCCUGGUCUUGUUUUAAAACUUGAUUAUGAGAAGGCUUAUGACAGGAUUAACUGGGAGUUCCUUGACGAGAUGUUAGCUUCUCGUGGCUUUGGUGCUAUUUGGAGGAGGUGGAUUAAAAGCAUCCUAGCCAAUGGGUCUUUUAGUGUUAAAAUUAACAACUCUAUUGGAUCCUAUGUCAUUGCUGGCAAGGAUCUGAAGCAGGGUGAUCCUCUCUCCCUCAUCCUCUUCAAUUUUGUUGCUGAUGUUUUCUCAAAGAUGCUUUACAAAGCUGCCCAAGCCAAUCUGAUCCGGGGACUACUCCCUCAGGUUGUGCAGGGAGGUCUCAUUAGCUUAGAAUUUGCCCUUAUUUUCUGCUGCAAGCUGGGCUCUUUCCCCUUCAAGUAUUUGGGUGUCCCUCUUCACUACUCCAAGCUGAGAAAAAAGGAUCUGCAACCUAUUGUUGAUAAAGUGAUUAAAAGAAUUUCUGGCUGGAAGGGCAGGUUUCUCUCUUAUGGGGGGAUUGCCUGGGCUGCUAGUGCUGCCAAGAUGGGCUACAGGUGGAAAGUUGGGAAUGGAAAAACUGUGAAAUUUAGGGAGGAUGUGUGGUUUGGUCAUUCCUGUCUUGCUACUCAGUUCUGGGAUCUAUACACUAUUGCUAACGAACAUUAUCUCCCCACCGCAGAUAUUUGGGAUGGGGACCAACUGAAACUUUCCUUUCGUCGUUCUUUCUCUGAAUCACUUUGGCUCGUUGGAGAGAAGCUGGAGAAGUACACUGAGCAUCUGGGACAUGGCGUCUGCAUCAUGCCGCCGGUGGAGCUUGCUCUGCCGAAAGGAAGCACUGGCGUUGCUGGAGAACUUCUUCAGAGUGAUGGAACACAUGAGGUCCGAGCUGCUGCGGAUCGCGUGGUACUGAAGCCUCGUUCUGGAGCUUGGUCUGUUGAGGAGCUGCAGUUUCAUCUGUCAACGACAAACUGGUUCUCGGCUGGGCGGCAGAUGUAUGUCUGAGCAUCCUGUUAUCUGUUCUAUAUCUGUCCGUCGUGCGAGAGCUUUGCUUAAAACUUGGCCUGCGUGCCAUUGUUUCUUCUUUUGUUGAUGCUGUUAUGCUUGAACGUUUGAACGACUGUGGUCUCAUUUCUAAUAAAAUAGGACCGGGGAAACCCCUAUUAUUUAAAAAAAAAGAAUUUAGGAACGGAGGGAGUAGUAACUAAUUUUCAGUUCUACUUGUUCUCGUCGUGCAUACGGGUCCAAGCACAAGUUUACCUCCAUAGCAGCUCAACCCCUUACCAAGUUUAUCUUGUAACCAUGAAUAAACAGAUGGAUGCCUAAAUUAAGGAUCUUUGUCUUGCGUGCAUGCAGCAUCAAGAUAUGGAAGGAAGUGCCUGUCAUCAUAUUGUCAGGUUUGCUACUAUAACAAGGCUAGCAGAAAGAUUUGAAGCUCAAAUAUCUACUUCUACUUGCACCCCACCGGAUGCUGCUAUCUUUCUGCCCACAGAACUAAAACGCCUCCGUGCCAAGAGCAGCAGCAUCAGGCAGAAAUAAUGUACAAUAUGUGCCAAGAACUAGGAGCCACAACGACUCAUCAGUACAUUAAUUGGGCAUAGAAA